UCUCAAUCCUGCCAGCUCCAACUCCUCUCCACCCCACUUCUCCAGUCCUUUCUACGGACCACACUGAGAGCACGCCCUUACACAGAAAACCUCACAUACACACAUCAUCCCUAAAGUGUAUUGUAUUAGAAUAAUUCCCCCGACAGUGCCUCGCAACCAUUAUCGCUAGGCGGUCGGGAUCAGCUGUGGUCGCGCGAUCAUCCGAGCUGUGCCUCUAAUGCGGAGAGCGCUCGCACCGAAAACGCUCCUCGAGAAAUAGCACCCACCGACGCAACAUGUCCUAUGUCGUGCCAAUCCACCAAGCGAGCAGUAUUCGCCAUGCCCUGAAGCUGCAGUUUAUGAAACCCGAGGAGGAGAGCUUGAUCGUCGCAAAAGUCAACCGACUCGAAGUCUACGCCCUCACCCCAGACGGCCUAAGUCUCGCAGCAUCAUGUGCCCUCAACGCUCGGGUAACAAUGCUCGCACGACUGCCCGCGCCCGCCAACUCCCCAACAGACCACCUCUUCGUCGGCACAGACCGCUACACAUACUGCACGCUAGCAUGGGAUAGCUCGACAAACCAGAUCCGCACGCAACGGAGCUACGUCGACGUCUCGGACCCGGCAUCCCGCCAACCCCUAAUGGGAAAUCGGUGCCUGAUCGACCCCAGCGGACGGUUCAUGACGCUGGAGAUGUACGAGGGCCUGAUCGCCGUGAUACCAAUCGUGCAGCUACCGGGCAAAAGGAGGGGACGGGCGCCCGCGCUGCCGUCCGGCCCUGACGCGCCGCAGGUGGGCGAGCUGGGCGAGCUGACGACGGCGAGGAUAGAUGAGCUGUUCGUGCGGUCGUCGACCUUUCUGCAUGUGCAGUCGGGCGCGCCGAGGUUGGCGCUGCUGUAUGAGGAUAGUCAGAAGAAGGUGAGGUUGAGUGUUAGGGAGUUGCAGUAUACGGCUGCGACGAUGAGCUCGAGUGCCGAUGCGACGUUUGCGCACAUUGCGGAUUUUGCGCAGGAGUUGGAUUUGGGGGCUUCACAUUUGAUUCCGGUGCCUGCUCCGUUGGGUGGCUUCCUCAUUAUCGGCGAAACGUCUAUCAAGUACGUCGACGACGACAACAACGAGCUCAUCUCCCGGUCUCUAGCUGAGUCGACCGUCUUCGUGGCCUGGGAGCAAGUAGACGGCCAGCGAUGGCUGCUUGCCGAUGACUACGGGAGGCUGUUUUUCCUGGUGCUGAAGCUUGGCUCUGAAAGCCUAGUGGAAGAAUGGGACCUUCAUCAGCUGGGGAACACGUCUAGAGCGUCUACCCUGGUAUAUCUUGGCGGCGGGAUAGUCUUCGUGGGCUCGCACCAUGGCGAUUCUCAGGUCCUUCGAAUCGGGGACGGUUCUUUCGAGGUGGUGCAGACCCUGCAUAACAUUGCCCCUAUUCUGGAUUUCACUAUCAUGGAUCUUGGUAACCGCGCAAGCGAGAGCUAUACCCAUGAGUUCUCGUCAGGCCAAGCUCGGAUUGUCACAGGCUCGGGUGCGUUUGACGAUGGGACAUUGAGAAGCGUCCGUAGCGGUGUGGGUAUGGAGGAGCUGGGCGUCCUGGGCGACAUCGGGCACAUCACCGACCUGUUCGGAUUACAGGUGCAGGCCAAGGGAGACUAUCUGGAUACCCUCCUCGUCAGCUUUGUGGACGAAACCAGAGUAUUCUCCUUUAGCCCCGACGGCGAAGUUGAAGAGCUGGAACAACUCCUGGGGCUAAGUCUCUCGGAAUCUACGCUGCUCGCGGCCAACCUGCCCGGAGGACGGAUCCUCCAGGUGACCGAAAGAAGGGUCCUCAUCGCGGACGUCGAAAGCGGCAUGGUCACCAACGAAUGGACACCACCGGAUCAGAAGAUCGUCACUGCCGCCUCUGCCAACGAAUCAUCGGCCGUGCUCGUUGUCGACGGCGAACUGGUUACCGUUCUGGACAUCAAGAACGAAGCACAAGUCAUCGCGCAGAAGCACUUUGGCACAGACUGCCAGAUCUCCGGCGUGACGGUCCUAUCGUCCCCGGCAGAUGUCUGCAUAGUGGGAUUCCCACAGCUAGCCCAAGUUUCCGUCCUGAAACUCCAAGACCUCUCUGAGCUACACAAAACAUCACUCGGCCCAGCAGGCGAAGCCUUCCCGCGCUCCGUGCUCGUCGCGGACGUACUCGCAAACAGCCCGCCAACCCUCUUUGUCUCAAUGGCCGACGGCAGUGUCAUCACCUACUCGUUCAACCCACAAGAGUACACUCUCACAGGGAUGAACAAGCUGAUCCUCGGUUCAGAGCAACCAACCUUCAAAAGGCUCCCGCGAGGUGAUGGGCUCUACAAUGUGUUCGCGACCUGCGAGAACCCAAGCCUGAUCUACGGCUCCGAAGGCCGCGUGAUCUACUCCGCCGUGAACUCCGAGGGCGCCUCGCGGAUCUGCCACUUUAACUCCGAAGCAUACCCCGGUUCCAUCGCGAUGGCUACGGCGCAGGAACUGAAGAUCGCCUUAGUUGAUAAAGAGCGGACGACUCAGAUCCAGACUCUCCCUAUCGGCGCGACAGUCCGUAGGGUCGCGUACUCGCCGUCCGAGAAAGCCUUCGGAAUUGGUACUAUCGAGCGCAAGCUUAAGGACGGCGCGGAAGUCGUCACGAGCCGGUUUGUCCUCGCGGACGAGAUCCUCUUCCGGCGGCUAGACUAUUUCAGUUUGCGGCCGGAGGAGCUGGUCGAGAGUGUUAUCCGCGCGGAGUUCCCGGUUGGAAAGGACGAAAGCGGACGAGACGCUUUCAAGGAUCGGUUUAUUGUUGGGACGGCGUAUCUGGAUGAUGAUGGCGAUGAGGAGUCCAUCCGGGGACGCAUCCUCAUCUUCGAGGUUGACAAUGGAAGAAGACUUACGCAGGUUGGAGAGCUCCCUGUUAGAGGGGCGUGUCGGGCGCUGGCUAUGCUUGGUGAUAAGAUUGUAGCUGCGCUUGUGAAGACGGUCGUAAUCUACAAAGUCAUAAACGACCGACUCAGCGCAACCAAGAUCGAAAAACUCGCCAGCUACCGCACCUCGACCGCACCAGUUGACCUAACAGUAACAGGCAACGUAAUCGCCGUCUCGGACCUCAUGAAGAGUCUCUGUCUCGUGGAGUACAAAGAAGGCGAGGGCGGCCUCCCGGAUACCUUGACAGAAGUGGCACGGCACUUCCAGACCGUCUGGGCGACCGCUGUGUGCUGUAUCGCGGAGGAUACGUUCCUCGAGAGCGACGCCGAGGGGAACCUGAUUGUUCUCCGAAGGAAUCUUACAGGCGUUGAGGAGGACGAUAAGCGGAGACUGGAAGUUACGGGGGAGAUUUCAAUGGGCGAGAUGGUUAAUCGCAUUCGACCGGUUAAUGUGCAGCAGGCGGGGAAUGUGGUCAUCACGCCGAGGGCGUUUUUGGGGACCGUCGAAGGCUCAAUCUACCUCUUCGCGAUGAUCAGCCCCGAACACCAAGACUUCCUCAUGCGUCUGCAAGCCACAAUGGCGGCCCGCCUCACGUCCCUCGGCGACAUGCCGUUCAACGAAUACCGCGGAUUCCACACAAUGACGCGGGAAGCGAAGGAGCCCUACCGGUUUGUGGACGGGGAGCUGAUCGAGCGGUUUUUGACUUGCGAGGCAGCUUUGCAGGAGGAGAUUGUUAGCUCCGUGGGGGCGGGGGAUGUGGAUGAGGUGAAGGGGUUGAUUGAGGGGUUGAGAAGGUUGCAUUGAUUACGCCUUUGAGAUAUUCGGACUAGAGUCGUUUCUGUUGUUCU